AUGUCCAAUAUCAAUGAUUCUGACUCUGAGGACGAAGACUAUGUUCCACCGGCUGGUGAUGUCGAGUCCGAUUCUUCAGACACAGAAAGGGACAUUAAACGUCGUCGGACAAGUUCUCCGAAACCCCUUGCAGUAGAAACAGACGACACGGCUCAGAAACAGGCUCGCAAUGCCUUGUGGACGAAGUUUCAGGAAUCCGUAGCAUCGACUUCGACAACAGCGCAGCAAGAAAUGCCAAAAAAGAUGGUCAAGGUGGAGAAAAGAUAUCUCUUUGCAGGCGAGAACGUCGUAGAAGUAGUUGAAGUCCCUGAAGACUCUCAAGAUGCAAAGAAAUGGCCGUUAUUUUCUGAGUCUACGGAGGACUUUGGCGCUACUAUUGAAUCACCACUUCCCGCUUCCAAACCUGUACCUCCGAAAAAGAAACCCGGACCAAGAAAGGGAAAGCUCUCCUUGAAUGACCUGCCUGGUCCCUCUAAACAGAGACCCAAAAAGCUCACGACACUUGAUAAAUCUGCUAUGGACUGGCGCAGUCAUGUUUCUGCAGAACCUUCCAGUUUCAAAGAUGAGUUGGAUGCAAAUCGACGGGGAGGAGGCUAUCUUGAAAAGAUUGAAUUCUUGGAAAGAGUUGGAGAGCGGCGAGAAGGAGCUCUUGAAGCCAGCAAAAGCAGUAAACGGCGUAGAGGGUAA